UGCUGAACCACAUCGCCGCUCAGACGCAGGUGGAUCCUGGACAGAGAAACUCAGGAGAAACGUGGAGCGUGUGAAACUUGGAUUCAUCCUAGACGUGUGAAGACGGGGAAGAUGGAGAGACGUGUGCGAACCGGAGAGAAGAUAUCAAGUCCUCCUCCGUAGGGUUCAAAGGUUAACUCAUAGACAACCAGACAAACACCAUCAGGAGGAUGUUUGGCCUUUUCUUUGAAGCAACAUGGAGAAGGCGGCUUUGUUUCCAUCCAGUCAUCUUCUUUUUCCUGGCAGCAGCCGCUCCACCCACAGUGGACGGAUAUUUCCUCAGAGACAUUAAGGCAGUAGUAAAUGGCUGUGAAGACCACUGGGCCCUUCGGGACAGGAUCUCCAUCCCAAGCCUUUCCCAGAUGACUGUAUGUGUGAAUAUUCGCGUGGUUGUCCCUGGACCCUGGGUGGCCUUUUCUUACAGCUCAGUCCGGACACCAAACCCCAAUUUAGCUCUUGAAGGGGACGACAAAACAAUUUAUGGAUGGUUACUGCAAGUCCAGCACCGGUUUCCGUUCAAGAUGUCCCCAAUGGAGUGGCACAGGGUGUGUCUAAGGAGGGACGUACGGAGAAAUAUCUUCAGCCUGGAGGUUGAUCACGUCAUGGUAGCAGAGAGGACGGUCAUCGCUCAGGCCAUCCCUCCGUCUGGUUCCCUGUGGCUGGGCUGCCAUCAGAGAAACCGGUCACCUGGAGGUGCCGUGGGAAAGGUGGAGCUGUACCUUUUCCGCAUGUGGGCAGACCUGGGUGAACACAGGUCCUGCGAGGACGGAACUGUGACUGGCUGGGAUGGAGACCACUGGGAUGUUACCAGUCCCAACGCCAAAGAAACGGACCAUUCUCUUCCAUGUG